GUUAAUUUAUCUCGUGAGAAUAAUAAAAAGAACAUUAUGGACGGAAGAAGGUAUUUUGAGUACAUUGUCGUAGGCUGUGGUGGAGUUGGUAGUGGGACACUAUAUUGGCUCUCAAAAAAAGCCGGUAUAGAUGUUCUCGGUCUCGAACAGUUUGAACUUGGACACCAUCAUGGAGGUUCACAAGAUCACUCCAGGAUUAUACGAUUAGCUUACCACGAUAACAGAUAUACUAAACUUACACCAGAUACCUACAAAGCAUGGGAAGCAGUAGAGAAGGAAUCCGGUCUACAGUUAGUCUACAAUACAGGAGGAGUACAAUUUACUAGGAAAGACGAAAUGUCUCAUGUCAUCGAUGCUUACGCUAAAGCAAUGGCCGAAAAUGAUAUAAGUUUUGAAAGACUAACGGGAAGCCAACUCAGAGCUAAAUUUCCACAGUUUGAAAUUGAUGAUACAUAUGAUACAAUUUAUCAACCAAUAGCUGGGCUCGUUGAUGCAGCUCUUGCAAACUCUGUUCAUGUUCAACUCGCUAGAGCCAAUGGAGCUACUGUUUUAGAACACUGUCCUGUCCAGAAAAUAGAAAAGUUACCUAAUGGAAGAGUACUGGUACAUACACCAAAAGGAACAUUUCAGUGUCGCCGUCUAAUUGUCACUGCUGGUGCUUGGAUAAACCAUGUUCUUGGAUCUAUUGGUGUUCAUAUACCUGUUUAUGUUACCCAAGAACAAGUCACAUAUUUUGCUACACCAAAUGUUAAGGAUUUCACAAAGGCAAAGUACCCAAUAUGGAUUUAUCAUUCACCUAAGUACGACUUUUAUGGGAUGCCAAUGCAUGGGAAUUCAGGCAGCAAAAUUGGAAUAGACGCUGGAGGUCCAGUUGUUGCCGUUGACACACGGAAUUAUGAACCAGACAAAGCAAGAGAACAAGCCUGCAUAGAACAUCUGAAGAGAACAAUACCAAAGUCCCUAGGACCUAUAAUGUACACUAAGACAUGUCUUUACACGAUGACACCGGACCGCCAUUUUGUUGUGGAUGAUUGUUCUAGGAAUGGAUGGGAUAAUGUGAUCGUUUGCUGUGGAGCCGGUCAUGCGUUUAAAUUUGCCAGUCUUUUAGGAAAAAUACUAAGUGAACUGGCAAUAGAUGGCAAAACCAAGUAUGAUAUUUCAAAGUUUAAUAUAGACAGAGAAGCGAUUACAAACCCUGACUGGACACCAACAUUAUACAUGGGUACAGGAGGAAAAGUUCCCACGAAGCAAAGCUCAAUUUCGAAACUUUAAUAGAUUGAACAGUGUAUUCGAUGAAUAAUGAAAUAUAAUUGAACUUUUAUUUUUGCGAGAUAUUUAUUACAAAGAAUAUAAAAAAUGAUACCAGAUAGAAGAUUCAAAAUUUUUGAAAAUAGUAAAACAUGCAUUCAUCACGUAUAAUAGCAAAAACUGGAUAACCUAUAACAAACAACACACUUAAAAAAAAUCAUGUAUUGUCACUGAUGCUCAAGCUUAUUAUAUUUGAAAUUGGAACCGAAAUUAAACGUUACAACCCCGCAAAACUUUAAAGACUAACCGAACAUUCUAAUUUCAGUAAAGCUAUAAACUAACAUGUAAACAUACAAUCUAUGAGUUUGACUGUCCCUCUGGUAUCUUUCGUCCCUCUCUUAUACAAACGAACAUUGUCUUUGUAGUUGUUAAUGGAAGUAUGCAUGUGUAUGAUAUCGAAUUAAAAACAAACUGUCAGCGCGGUUUACAAAUUGAA